GCGUCCUCCAUCCAUCCAUCCAUUGACGAACGGAAGCACGAACCAACGGACGGACAGUGUGAUAGAUAACCCUUUCAAUGACAUUCAGUCAUAUCAUCGUAAUGGAACCUAGUGGCCCUUCAAUUGACAAAAAGCCGACCGAGACAGUGGCGUGUUUCACAAACAGGAGGACAAGGCGUCCCAUGUACCCGACGAUGAAAAGGCGAUGCAACGCCUUUCUGCCCUCCCUCCCUGGCUGGCUGAGUGGCUGGCGUCCUUCCCGACACGAACACACAACCAAGACCAUCUAACCGCACUCACGCACGCAACUGACCAAAGCGACUACGCCGAUUGACAAAGAACCACUGGCCAGACAGACACCCAGCGAGCCUCAAGGCCACGGCCUCUUUUCAGCCGAGCUGUUGAGGCCGAACUGGGAGGGUCCGGCCAUCCAAGCCUGUUCAUUCGGUCAGGCAAUCGUCAAGUGAGCCGAAGCAGCACUUCUUCUCUCCCGCCGGCACGAAGCCAGUCACGGCUCCACAGCACGCCUCGAGGCGUUGGCUGUCGUCGGGCUUCUUGCCACACUCGCACUCACGGUUGCACUCCUUCAUGCACUUCUUGAAGCACGCCUUCUCCAGGAAGAAAAACGGUGCUGACAGCAGACAGAAACCGCCGGCGCACGUCGGCGGAACCUCACAGACCUCGUCACACAGCUUAGUGCGGAUGGCCUGAAGAAAUCCAGACAGACAGACAGACCCAAUGGAUGUAUUAUCAUCAGGGGGGGUCGGUCGGUCAGGCAAAAGACUCACGCUGACGAUGCCGGUGUGGAUGUGAUCCGGACACUCGCAGUCUCCCGAAGUGUCCUCACACGGCGGGUUAUCGUAGCACCUAUCACACACAGGAGAGUGUUUGUGCGUGCGUGUGGAGGUUACUUACUGAGGGUGGCUCCUGUCGAUGCAGUCCGUGUCGACGUCACAAUGGUCACAGCUGUCCCAGGGAGCACACGUCUGUCGGUCCGUCCUGCAUGUGCCGAAGCACGCGAACUCGCCAGGCUUGCAGCAGUGGCAGCAUGUCACAGGAGGCUUGUCAUCGCACCCGGCUUGGCUUGCAGCCUACACACACACACACACACACACAGCAGACGACAAACAGCUUAACCAUGCCUCCAUCACUGGGUUCCUCUCAGCUCACCACCAAGAAUGCAGCAGCGAAGAGAAGAGCAAGAGUGAACUUCAUGGUGCUGCUGAGUCUGAAUGCGGGCUCGUGAAGGCACUCUUUGUGACGCUUUCGUCGCGCUUGCCAAGCAGAUCUCG